UUCCGCGUUGUUGCAGUCGACAAUGAUUUGGUAUCAUUUGUUGACGUCCCAAUGACCGGCGUAGAUUCCGAAGACUGGCCCCUCGUCCUCAUCACAAACCCCAAAGACGCUGGUUUUCUUUUGCCCAACAAAGAGCCGACAGAUCUUAUUCAGCGUUCGACACAUAUCAGACUGGAUAUCGAACCGUUGGAAGAGAUUGUUACGGACCAGAACCCGCACAGUGGUGAAGCGAUAGUUGGUCUUGACCGUAGCAAUGAUUUUGGCCGGCACACCAUCUACUUCUCUUAUUAA